AUGCGGACAGUCUAUACAGUUAAUACCUGCAAUAAGUUUGCAGCUCUAAGUUUGAGCGAUGACGAGGAGGAUCAACAGGUUGUAAAUAAGCAAGAACCUGUAAAGAGUAAAGCUGUCAUAAAGGAAAAUUCUUCAUCCUUAAUUUACCCAAAGACUGAAGUCCCUUCAACUGCUCCAGCUUCCACAUUUGAUACAACCUCUAAAAUGUCAAGAGGAACAAGAAAGGGAAAUACAGUACAUAGAGGUGGUAGAGGAGGCUAUACCAGCACUCAUGGAAGGGUAUUUGAUAGAAGAGACGCUUCUGGCAAAGGCCAUAGGGUUUCAAAGCAAAAUGAUUCAGUCGAGAUUGAAGAUGAAGGAGUAAGUAAGGAAAAGAGGUAUAACAAUACUCAGCCUUCUGAAAGAAGCUCAAAUGAUCAAUCUGAUGAAAAUGUUGCAGACUCUGAGGAUGUUCAGGCUGAGAAGGCAGAUGAAGACAGAGAAAAAGAAACCCAUAUGAUUAGCUACGAAGAAUACAUGAGGAAAAUGGCUCCAAAAAGACUUGAAGUACCAAAAACCGAGACUAUUAAAGGCAAUACCACUGCCAAGGACUUUGAAAAGGAGGGCCUUCAAAGAUAUAUUCGUGAUGAUGGCUCAAAUACUAAUGCACCCAAGAGCAACAAGAACAGGACAAACAAAGCUGUUUCUAAGAAUGACAAAGGAGUUUUCAAUUACUUUGAGUUGGUGGACAAAUACACAAAUAGAAGCUCUUUUAAUAGAAGAGGUGAUGACAGAAGAAGAAGCAGAGGCCAACAAAAGCAAAAUAAUAACUUACAAAUCAGAAGAGAAGCUCCUGAUGUUUCAGAUACCAGAGCUUUCCCAGUAUUGGGUCAAUAA